UAGUCACUGGAUUCAAUUCUUUUACUUAGAGGUGGUACUGAGUCUAAUGCAUGACUUUCCUCUCUAUCUUGCUUCUGCCAGCAAACUCAAACCAUCUCUGACCUUGGAGGAAAACCGUGAGCUUCUUGAUCAGAGCUUCAAAAGUGUAUUUCCCCUUCCUCCCUUUGAGAUGAUGAAAAAGGAAAGCGAGACAGCAAAGGAUGCUCUGCUUAUACAAUCAUUCUACGUGAAGUCCUUAGAGGCCCUUGACAAGCUAACGGAGACUUUGCUGGAGGAAGAACCAACCGCAGACUGGUUCCAGGAAAUGUUUGAACUCCUAGCAACAUGGUUCAGUUCAGGGAAGGAGUGGGAGAGAGAAAGGGCCUUUGAGGCCAGCACCCAGCUGCUGACUGCCUAUCAAGAGACAGUUCAUAGCACAGAGGACCAUGCUCUUCACUCAGUGGCCUUUGUCCUAUUUGGCAUCCUGGCUCAGUUGACAAAGAAAAAAUGGAAGGUCUAUUUCACCGAGCAGGUUCGAAAGAGCUGGGUCACACUUCUGCUGCACCUGCAAGACCCAAACCCCCAGGUUUCAAUGAUAAUGAGAGAAAACUGAUGCCAGCUGAACAGCAUUCAACGUACCAUGCAUUUACUGGCACAAAAGGAAUUUUGUUUUGUGUUCUAUGUUCUGUCUUGUGGUGAUUGUCUUGUGGCUGGAAUUGUUGUGUUUAGUGUUUUCAUGGGAUGGUCUGGUUUGGAAUCAGGCAGAGGUUGGAUUGGAAUGCAGAUACUUGUUUUGUUCAACUUGGAAUACAAGGUGUUUGGAUAAAUCAGGAGAAUGUGAUAUACUAAAGUCUAAUACAUCUCUUUUAGUAAGAAAAAAAACAUCAUUGGCCAAAUCUCUUAAUUGAAAAAGAUUGUUAUUAAAAUUUGCAUACCAACAGUCUUUGGAAGCAAAGACAUGAAAAGUUAACCUACUCCCUAUAUUGUACAUGGGAUCUUUCUGGCUACCUCAGAUUUCUAGCCAGAGGUUGAAUUGAAUGAACUCCUCAAAGUGGGUGUGCUUGUUCUAGCUUGUUGCUCCAAAGCUCUGUAAUAAAGUUAUUUUAGUAAAAGGGUAUAUGUGGCAUACAUUGACUAAUAAGACUAAUAUACUGUAUAAUGGCAAUGUUUUUGUGUUCAUUGUUGGGAAAAGGUGUAUGAGUGAAGAGUGAAAGUUUCCUUUAUAGGUUAAAAGAAGCCAAGGAGGGAAAAAGAAAAAAGAAUAAAAUAAGUUAACUGGAAAGAAAAAAAUAUAGCUAGCAAGCUCAGGCUAAAGAUAAGACACUGACUCCAUUCAAGGACACUGCUCAUGGCUAAGACUUGGCUGACAACCAAGAAAGGGGGGGGCAUGAAUGUGCCCAAACAGCUGUGAGAUCUGCAAAACACUGCCAGCCAUUAAUGAAAUGUGUUAGGUUUCUUUUCUCACAGGUAAAGAAGGGCUACCCAAAGACCCUAGCAGCCCUGCCACUCCUUGGAACCAGGAGACUGGAUCUAUGUAAAGGCCCACGCU